UCUCACUGAUAACAAUACUGUACACACAAGCCAACUUCACGAAUCCAAAUAAAGUUGUGUUGCGUUUAGCGAAAUGUUGGAUAGAAGAGAGUAAAGACACCAAACAAUUUGAAUGACCUGCUUUUCCCACUACUGGAGUCAUGGAUUUUAACAGUGUGCUGCAACUGCAGAUCAUCCUCGCUUGCAUUCUUCGGAUUUCAGAAGCUUUUAAUGUUGGAAUAUCAGGAGCCAAGGUAUUCACAGGACCUGCCUCUGAGCAGUUUGGGUACACAGUGCAACAGUUUACAAGUGCCAGCAGCAAAUGGUUGCUGGUUGGCUCUCCCUGGAGUGGCUACACACAGAACAGGAUGGGAGAUGUAUACAAGUGCCCAUUGCACCAAUCCAGAACCACAUGUGACAGGCUGCAUUUACAGAACAACACAACGAUCUCCACGGUGACAGAGAUAAAAAUCAGCAUGAGUCUUGGCUUGACUCUUGCUCGGAAUUCUAACAAAAAUGGAUUUAUGACGUGUGGGCCACUGUGGACACAGCAAUGUGGCAGCCAGUACUUCCCUAUUGGAAUAUGCUCUGACGUCAGCCCCUCUUUCACUUCAAUACAGAGCUUUGCUCCUGCAAUACAAAUGUGUGGGGGUCCCAUGGAUAUUGCAAUUGUGUUAGACGGCUCCAACAGUAUUUGGCCAUGGCCACCAAUCCAGUCUUUUCUAAAAAAAUUAUUGCAAGGAUUAAAUAUUGGUCCAAAUGAUGCUCAGGUUAGCGUCAUACAGUAUGCAGUGGACCCAGAUUUUGAAUUCAAAUUGAAUGACUACACAAGCAAAGAAAAGCUGAUUACUGCUGCAUCCAACAUAGACCAGAAAUUGGGGGACCAAACAAAUACCUUCAGAGCCAUUGACUUCGCCAGAUCACAUGCCUUCUCGCCAUCAAACGGUGGUCGUCCUGGUGCUGCUAAAGUGAUGGUUGUUGUGACCGAUGGAGAAUCCCAUGAUUUCUCAAUGAGAGACAACGUCAUUGGUGCUUGUGAGAAGGCUCAGAUCACCAGGUUUGGUAUUGCUGUCCUUGGCUAUUAUAUCAGAAACGACAUUGAUACUAAGAAUCUCAUUAAUGAAAUCAAGUCGAUCGCCAGCUCUCCGACAGAGCGGUACUUUUUCAAUGUAUCUGCUGAAGCAGCCCUGUCAGAGAUUGCUGGGACUCUGGGGGAGCGCAUCUUUAACAUUGAAGGAACUGGUACAGGUGGUGAAAUCCAAAUGGAAAUGUCCCAGGUUGGGUUUAGUGCCUACUACUCAAACAAAACGGAUGUAAUGAUGCUGGGGGCAGUAGGAGCCUAUGGCUGGAGUGGCACGGUCGUUCAUAAGACUGCCAGCAAAUCCGAUAUAUUCCCUGAACAAACCUUCCAAAAGACCCUGGAGGACAGGAAUCACAGCUCCUUACUGGGUUACUCAGUGACCACACUGACGAGCGAUGACUCUGAGCUGUAUGUUGCUGGAGCCCCCCGUUCCAACCAUACUGGCCAAGUGAUCACUUACUCUGUAAACAAGCAAGGCAAGCCUACAGUUGUGCAGUCACAAAGAGGAGAGCAGAUUGGUUCCUAUUUUGGUAGUGUCCUCUGCUCCGUGGAUGUUAACCAGGACUCCCGAUCGGAUGUUUUAUUGGUUGGUGCUCCAAUGUUUAUGAACGACUUCAAGAGGGAAGUUGGACGGGUCUAUAUGUUCUCAGUCACUAAGGGCAUUUUAGGACAGCGGGAGGUUCUGCAAGGCCCAUCACACUCUGAGAAUGCUCGCUUUGGAAUGGCUAUUGUUGCUGUUCCUGACCUCAAUGUAGACGGGUUCAGUGAUGUCAUAGUAGGCGCUCCUUUGGAGGAUGAGAACAGAGGUGCCAUUUACAUUUACAAUGGAGAUGAAAGAAUCAUUAGGACUGUGUAUUCCCAGAAAAUAUCUGGCUCAGAAAUCAGCCAGAAGCUGCAGUAUUUUGGAAGGUCUCUUGAUGGCAACAGGGAUUUAAAUGCAGACUCCAUUCCUGACGUGUCGGUCGGGGCGUAUGGGAAUGUAGUGCAACUCUGGUCCCGAAGUAUAGCAGAUAUAACGGUAAAGGCCACUUUUACACCAGACAAAAUCAGUAUCCUCAAUAAGAACUGUGACUUCAACGGGAGGAGGCUGUUCUGUUUUAAUGCAAGCAUCUGCUUCAAGGCUCACUUUAGGCCAAAAACAGCCACUGGACCAGUGGAGAUCCAAUACAAUGCGACGCUUGACGCUGAUCUUCAGUCCUCUAGAGUGUCUUCCAGGGGUUUGUUUACUGAAAGCAAUGACCGGCUCCUGCAGAAAAGCAUUGAAGUUGGCAACUCAGAAAUGUGCUUUAAGCAUAAGGUUUAUGUUCAGGAGGCGCCUGACUUUGUGAAUUCCAUUGGCCUGCGUGUUGACGUUGGCCUGGUGAAGCCUCAGAGCAGCCCUGUGCUGGACAUGUACAAACACAACUCCUGGGAGUUCGCUAUUCCCUUCUCUAAAGACUGCGGUGAAGAUGAGCUCUGCUUGUCUGAUAUCGUGCUGAAUGUCCAGAAGAAGAAUCUGGAUAGCAGCCCUUCACCACUCCUUGUCAGCACCAAGAACAGGAGGGUAUCAUUCGCAGUGAAGCUGGAGAACACCAUGGAAAAUGCAUAUAAUGUGAAGAUCUCUGCCAUUUACUCAAAGAAUUUAUUUUUCUCAUCUCACACCCAGCCUGCUGAUGGCACCGAGGUGAAAUGCCAAAUGGAGACAACCGAAUCUAUCUGCCAGGUUGGAUAUCCAGCUCUGAAACUAGACCAAGAGGUCUCCUUUGACAUCAACUUUGAUUUUAACUUCAACUACUUGCAGAAAGAGGCUUAUGUAAACUUCCAGGCUCUCAGCGACAGCACAGAAGAGACACCUGCAAACAAUGUUGUCAGCAUCUCAUUUCCUGUUCAGUAUGACUCUGAAAUUAUUUUAACAAGAGAUACAAGCUUGAAUUUCUAUGAGAUAAACCGGGACCUUCUUGUUAAAACCACAGUGAACAGCUAUGAAGACAUUGGUCCUGAAUUCAACUUCACACUGAAGGUUACCACUGGGAGCUUCCCUGUCCACAUGGCCUACCUAACGAUUGCUCUUCCAGUGUCAACCAAAGCCAAUAACCCACUGCUGUACCUCACAGGUGUCAAUACAGAGAUGGCCCGAGAUGUGAGUUGUGAGACAAGCAGCCUGCUGAACCCACUGGAGAUCGGAAAGAGGCCUUACUCUGCCUCCUUCUCCAAGGAGAGGCUCACUGGGAUCAAGGAGCUGGACUGUAACACUGCAACUUGUCAGCACAUCAAAUGCUGGUUCAAAGACUUGGAACCAAGAAGUAAUUAUCUAUUGAAUAUCACAACAAGAAUCUGGAAUGGAAGCUUCACUACUUCAACAUUUCAGUCUAUAAAGCUCACAGCAAGCGUAGAAAUGGAUACGUCAGAGCCUGAACUACUGAUUAUCUUGGACAAAAAGCUACCAGUAGAAAUUACGAUUAGCAAACCUGUUGAGAAAGGAGAGGUGCCAGUGGGGGUGAUCGUAGGCAGUAUAAUUGGAGGGCUCAUCUUACUGGCUGCUCUGGUUGCUCUCUUGUGGAAGCUUGGCUUCUUCAAAAGGAAGUACGAGCAGCUGAUGAAGAGCGGCGAUGACGAUGGAGAGGUUGAUGCCCUGCAGGACGAGACUUCAUGAGCGCAACCGGCCCGGGCACUCUGAACAGUGGAACUGCAGCUUUCUAUAUACGCUUUCAUGUUGGGGACCAAAGGGAAUGUUAUUAAUGGCAAUCUCUGUAACGGCACCACUGCAGAUUCAUUGUACAGGAACAGGUGCUGCAAAGAUUAAAACUGGCCAUUGGGUUCAGGUAGCGGGAAGAUAUGCAGCAGUAGUGCUGUGAUAGUGAGUGGAUAUCUGCAACAUUCCAGGAAAAUCACAUUUACAUUUAAAAAGAACAGCUUUCAUACCCAGUGUUGGUCUUCCCUUCAUAAAGUAACAUUCCAUUCACAUUAGUUCAGACAGCAGCUAUAAAACGUGUGCUGACAUGCAGUCAUUUACAAAUUGUUACAAUUUCAGCAGUCUUACAUUUUAGUGUCUCCUUAACGACCAGAUCAGAUUUAAUACAUUGGGCCGCUAGGCCUUUGGGUUGCUGACUAGAUUCUGCUGAAAUGCCCAGUUACAGAAUCAUCUGCACUAUUGCAUGUUAACUUUGUUUAUCCAAGUAUCUGGUUUAACCCUAAAGAUACACAAGGAAUUGAGCCGUUAUUGAAACUGCUGCUUUUUAAAAUACAUUUGAGAAAGUGACUCAAGUAUCACGAGGAGGAAACACAAUUUGGAUGAGCAGAUCCAACCUCUCAGCAAAUGUGAAACCCUUUUUCGUGCACCUCAUUGCAGAAAUAAGAAAGUUAGCAUGUUUUUUUAUUAUUAUUUUGGCGGGACACGUGUGUCCCUUGUACCUCAACAGAUUCAGUAAAGCAUGCUUUCACAUGUUUGAAUUCUCAGUUAUCAUUAUCAUUGAGGUGUUAAUGCAGCUGCCAAUCAGUACACCAAACCACUACCAAUUCACCACUGGAGACGAGUUCUGUUUAUAGGGGAGAAGCAGCAAAAACAAGAGGAUGCAGGAUUUUCCUCUGUGUGCUUAUUUUAUCAUCACACGUCAUCUUUUAUAUUGUGCUUAAUAUCAAAAGAACCCUGAAUUUUUGUGUCCCAACUUGAGAUAAAGAGAAUGUAACAGCACUGAAUAUUUUGAGUUUGAGUUAAACUCACUUGAAAAGCCUUACAGAACAUAAUUAUGAAUGAAUUAUGAAUUAUAAAAAACAUUUUAGGAGUACAAUACACCAUUCGUUUUCACUUUUGAAAGAUUGCAGUUAUCUGUAAAGCGCUUUGUGAUAGUGGUCCACUACGAAAGGCACUAUAUAAAAAUAAAGAUAUUAUUGUUAUUGUAUUAUCCAUCAGCUAGUAAAACAAGACUCUUGCUUCCUGUUACAUGCAAAGGAAACCACACCAGGUGUCCAUGAUACAGAUUCAAGGAUAAUUCUAAUAGGAUCCUGUGUCCAAGGUUAUUGUUAAGGUUAGGCUACAUUAAUUUACUUUGAGGAAAACUUCUCAAAUAUUGUUCACUAACAGCAUCUGACUGCAUGUAUUAUGCUUUGGAACGGUACAGAGAUCUGCUUUGUAUUUCUUGUUGAAUAUAUUUUUGCUGGUGUAUUACUAAUGUACACAAAUGUUAUCAUGUAUAAAACCUACACAGAAAUGCCAGGCUUGUUCUUGGAGAGCAUUAGUGCCUCCAGUGUCAUGUAUCUGAAACAAAAAUGUGUACAUUUGUGUUUUGUUUCCAUUCCACUGUAAUGUAUGCACAGUUGUGGCCAAAAG